GAUUUAGAUAGCCAUAUUCUCACAAGUUCAAUAUAACCAUCGAGACCAGAACAAUAAUAUAAUAUAGAGCAUCAUGCCACAUCCAGUUAGAAUCCCCUUGCGGCGACUACCACAUAUAAUUCCUUGUGAGAACACUUCUCAAAACCGAUUGUCAGUGAUUUCUCAAGAGGAAGAUGAAAGUCAUAGAUUCUCAGUAAGGCGUUGUUCUGAUUUCACAACUCAAAGAAGUCAGACGACCUUGCCCUGUGGGCAUGAGGUAAUAGCAACUACGAAUCAAUAUACUAACGAGACCAGAUUUGACAGACCUGAAGAGGAUUGGAAAAUAAUGGGAGAGAACUACAUACCCGUUGGCUUGACUGCCGGGGCCACUGGAGCUAUUCUCACUGGAGCCGCUGUGCCUGCGAUUGUAGGUGUCGGCGCUUGUUGCACUCUUUCGAUUGUAAUGGCCGGUGGGGGGAUAGCUUUAUUGGGUGGGUGUGCACUGGGCAGCGUGGUCGUAUCUGGCAAGAUAAUCUACGAUUUAUGUUUAUGCGAGUGGGAGCACUACAAGAUACAGAUGUAUGCUGGGCUCGAUGGGGAUUACAGAAGUUUGAAGGACGAAUUUAAGGAAAUAGCGAGCGAGUUGGGUAAUUUUUUUACGGACGCAUUCACGAAGAAUGCGACAGUCAGGCAAGCAUCAGAAUCCACAGACAAGUCCAGUCCCUCAAGACGGAGACGACUCUUAAGGCAGUACAGUCGAGAGGUAAGCGGCACGUUUCCCACUUGUCCGUAUUGUCUGUCCGGCGCAUCGCCACCUCCCGAAUAUAUUGCCACAGCUAUAGAUUUCCUUCCCCCUCCAGCUUAUGACGAGGAACCUGAACCGAUUGAAUUGUAGUCGUACAUUGUAUAUAUAACUAUAAUUUGGCACUUGGCAAACCAACGUAAGGCCAUGUUGCGUCCGAAAAAGGAUCGUAAUCUGGUGAAUGCAAAUUAGCGUGUUGUGUGGUAUUUCCUAGGUCACAAUGCCCUAGAACAAAACUGUCAGUAUAAUGUACAGGGAGUAAGAAGCAUAUUACGGCAAAUAAACUUGAUUAUCAAAC